AUGACUGAGAUUCGCCGAAAACUUGUAAUUGUUGGUGAUGGUGCCUGCGGUAAAACAUGUCUUUUAAUUGUUUUUUCUAAGGGUACUUUCCCUGAGGUCUACGUUCCCACCGUAUUUGAAAAUUACGUUGCUGAUGUGGAAGUAGAUAAUAAACAUGUUGAAUUGGCUUUAUGGGAUACAGCAGGUCAAGAAGAUUACGAUCGUCUUAGACCACUUUCUUAUCCUGACUCUCAUGUUAUCUUGAUUUGUUUUGCGGUUGACUCUCCCGAUUCGCUAGAUAAUGUACAAGAAAAGUGGAUUUCAGAAGUAAUGCAUUUUUGUCACGGUUUACCUAUUAUUUUAGUCGGUUGUAAGAAAGAUUUGAGAUUUGAUCCCAAGACAAUCGAAGAGUUACGUAAAACUUCUCAAAGACCAGUGACACCCGAAGAGGGAAUGGGCGUUGCUCAAAAGAUCGGAGCUUUUAAAUAUUUGGAAUGUUCAGCAAAAACAGGAGAAGGUGUUCGUGAGGUAUUUGAACAUGCCACACGAGCCGCUCUUUUAGCAAAGAGAAAGCAUAAAAGAGAGAAAUGUGUCGCUUUGUAG